AUGGAGCAGAGUGAGCGACAGCCCUUGCUACCCUCGCCGAGCCAAAACAAUAACCCACGACCGCUAUCACUCGGUGAUCCACAUGUUGAAGUUCCUACCGAGUUCCAAGAUAGCCUUCCGGGCUCGGGUCCAGGAAAAAACCUCACCUGGACCAGUGCAUACAUCCUCGUCGUAUCCCGUGUUAUCGGCAGCGGCAUUUUCGCUACGCCAGGGUCCAUCGUGAAAUCUGCCGGAAGCAUCGGUUUAACUCUCCUAGUAUGGCUCUUCGGCACGAUUCUCGCAGCAUGUGGAAUGUCCAUAUCGAUGGAAUAUGGCUGCAUGUUGCCUCGGUCGGGAGGGGACAAGGUGUACCUGGAGCACACCUAUCCCCGCCCGAGAUUCCUUGCAUCUACUCUUAUUGCCGUGCAAGCAGUGUUGCUGGGUUUCACGGCUAGCAAUUGCAUAAUCUUCGCCAAAUAUACCCUUUUUGCGCUGAGCGUCGAGCCGACUGAUUUCCAGCACAAGGCCCUUGCGGUCGGUCUUUUGACUACGAUUAUCAUUGUUCAUGGGCGCUUUUUGAAAGCGGGAAUCGCUAUUCAGAAUGCCCUUGGUUGGGUGAAGAUCUUUUUGAUUGGUGCAAUGUCGCUAACGGGGAUUUGGGUUUUGCUUCUUCGCUUUUUUGGUAAUUCCCAUCAUAUAAUUCCCCAAGAAAGCUUUACCAGUACUCUAUCGUGGGAUUCCCUAUGGGAGGGUUCGAAUUGGAGCUGGGGGCUGUUGUCGACGGCCAUUUUCAAGGUCAUGUACUCCUAUGCGGGACUAAAUAACAUCAACAAUGUGCUCAACGAAGUACAUAACCCAGUGCAGACAGUCAAGACUGUCUGUCCUUCUGCAUUACUGACUGCUGGCGGUCUCUACCUACUAGCCAACACUUCCUACCUUCUGGUUGUGCCAAUCGACGACAUUAAAAACAGCGGCGAACUGGUGGCUGCAUUACUGUUCGAGCGCUUAUUUGGCGACCACAUUGGGAGAACACUGCUUCCACUUGCCAUUGCAAUCUCAGCAGCAGGUAAUGUGAUGGUUGUAACAUUUGCCCACGCUCGAAUCAACCAAGAAAUCGCUCGUCAAGGGUUCCUGCCAUUUCAAAAUCUCCUUUCCUCAUCACGUCCAUUUGGAACUCCACUUGGUGGCCUCCUCGUGCACUGGAUACCCUCAGUGCUAGUGAUUUCCAUACCCCCACAAGGAGACGUCUACAACUUCAUCCUGGAUGUGGAAGGAUAUCCAGGACAACUCUUUGCUCUCGCAAUAACAGUCGGCCUCUUGAUCCUUCGAUAUAGGGAGCCAAACCGGCCCCGGCCUUUCAAGGCGUGGCUACCCGCUAUUUGGCUACGCAUUGUGGUUUGUCUCGCCUUGUUGGCGGCACCUUUCAUCCCACCUCCGAAUUGGAAAGGAGACGUCGACUUCUUUUACGCAACUUAUGCUAUUGUGGGGAUAAGCGUGAUUCUUUUCGGGGUACUUUACUGGUAUAUAUGGACCGUGCUUCUUCCUCGGCGUGGAGGAUACACGUUAGAAGAGACGGUGGAAACACUGAAUGAUGGGACGAAUGUUACGAAGCUUGUGCGCUCCUACAAGUAA